UCAUGAUGUCUGCAGCACCUCCGUGUUUGCUUUGUGCGAAAACGACGCGGAGAUGUUCGGGCGGACAAGUCAGCACAGAAACACAUGAACUUGUGAAUUUGAGAAGCCAAGAGGCAGGGAGCCAUGCAGAGUCCUACCCAGGCAAACAGCGGGCCAAACCCUGUGACCGCAGCACCCACAGAGCAACCACUGGACACUGGGACUGAUGCUCCACCAGCUCAAAGUGAACCAGAGGCUCAAGAGGAGACGACUAAAUCUGCGGCUCCUGUUCAGACUGUAACCACACCACAGGAAAAACAGACAGGGGUGCAAACAGCUGGAACAACUGCAACAGUGGCAUUCACACAAUCAGUGGAGAAAGAGACCACCGUUCAGCCACUGAGUGACCCCUCAGUAGACUCUGGAGGGAUGGAGAUAGACUCUGCUUCAAAGCCAAGUGCCCCCACAGAACCUGACACAAAAACUCCUGGUCAAAAUGGGCAAAAGACAAAGAAACAGGAUAAAAGUCUACGUGAUGGUAGGAGAUAUGUUCCUUCCAAGAAGGCCAUGAUAGAUCCUCUGAAAAUAGACAUGUCCAAGCCACUGGUUACGCCUCUUACAUCUUCUCAGCUGUCCCUGCAGUGCAUCGAGUGCCACAUAAUCUUCAGCGAUCACAAGAGCAAAGAGCGUCAUCUGAAGUUGAGCCACCCAGCACAAUAUGAGCAGUGCAUACUGAGGAAUGCCCUUUUUGCCUGUUACGUUUGUGACCGCCACUUCACAAACUCCACAGAGCUCAUGACCCACCAGAAAGCCCACACAGAGAAGAAACCCUUCAAGUGUCCAAUCUGUAGCCUGGCCUUCAACAAGUCAUCAGAGCUCACCCUUCAUAAAAAAAUUCAUUUUGGCCGGGACGGUUAUGCCUGCACUGACUGCGGCAAGCCAUGCAAAACAUUGACAUUGCUGAAGUAUCACCGUCGCACACACACUGGAGAGAGACCGUAUGUUUGCAAGGAGUGUGGAAAACGGUUCACCAUGUCCAAAGCUCUGCAGAAACAUAUUCUGUCCCACUUGCCAGAGGGAACUGAGGAAGAGGAGGGAGACACCAGGGCUGAAGCACAGUUGAAGAGAAAUGAUAGUGCUUCUACAGUAAAGUAUUCUUGUUCCAUAUGCAAGGCCACUUUCAAGAGUCCCAAGACACGUCUACAUCAUAUGAAAACUAAGCACAAUAUGUUGCCUGCAGCUCCUGGUAAUGCCGUCACAGUUGGGGAGAAUGUGAAACAAAGUACACCCAUCAUCACUCCGAUAUCUAUUUGCCAACCAGCAUUACUUCAGGUGGAGCCCAAUGGACCUCUACAAAAAGUUGAUGCCAAUAUUGACACAGAGCAGAUUCGGAGACUUAUUGAAUCUUUAGGAAAUGUGCAGAAAGUGAACCAAGUUGUCAUAUUGGGGCAGGUGCCACCUCAUGCCCCACCACUGGAAGUGCAGCAGGUAUCGCAGUUGGCAGAACCAGUGAAUUUGAAUCUCAACCCGCCACAGAUAGAUUUUAUAGGACUGAAACAGUCUGAAUCUAAGACAGUUGAAAUGGACAGUUCAAACAACCAAUGUGAUCCAAUGGAACAAACAAUUAUACUGGAACCCAUUACGCCAGAUGGCCAGUUGGAAAACCCCUCAUUCUCAGAACUAGGUUCCCACAUUGCUACAGGUGAGAAUAUAGAGCUAACACUUGUUCAGACUGAACAAACAGAGAGACCCAAGGGAGAGGUGAUGCAUAUCCUUCAACAGCCAGAUAUAAGUGCAAUUCAAUCUGACCAAAUGGUUUGUCAGAAUGAAGUACCUGACCUCAAACAAAACCUUGAGCAAACAGUAAUAUUAGAACUUACCCCUGCGUUGAUACCAACUUUGGAGCUGGAACAAUCCCAAACUGUGCCACAAAAUGAAAUUCCGUCGUCCUCAUUCGCACCAACCACUGAAUUGGUGAAGACUCCUGAUCAGAUUCCAGACCAUACUGUAAUAGAUGAGCAGGAAACCAGCCUGUCAGUCCCGCCACUUAUGCCUACAGUUGAUUUGGAGCUGACACCUUUACAAACAGAGCAACAGGACCUUCCCUCUUGCCCUUUUGUUCCACUGGACACACUUACACAAACUCCAAGUGAAUCUGAAACGAAUCCCAAAGAAGAGGUUGAUUCACAGAUUCAAACAGUAAGUCUAGAUCAAGUCCACCAUGUGAUGGAUGGAGCGGCACCUCAAGAGACACAAGAAAAGCCUAAAGAAGAGCCAUCUAAUCAAGAACCAUCUGAGAAAUUACUAGUAGAUUGCAAGGAGGGUCAGGAGCAGUUGGAUAACCAGUCUGAAGUGGAGGACACAUCUGCUAAAGAAGAGGUCCCAUCACAAUUAGAGACCAAGCAGGGGCCACAGAUCUCAGAGUUACCUGUAAAUUUAAUGUCAGCUCAAGAGCUGGUGAAAGUGCGGAAAAGAAAGCCAGCAAGGGCAUUUUUCUUUCAAGGAUACAUGCAAGAACUAGUUGGAUCCUUACACAAGGAUGAUUUACAAAUUGAUGCCAAACCUGCCAAACGCCAAAGAACAAAAAAGUCUCAUCUUGUUGUUAAAUUUGGUCCACAAAGCAAAGAGAAAAAAAACAAGAAACAGAAGAAGUCAUCACAGCAGCAUCAGCCGACACAAGAGAUAACAACAAAUCUCUCAGAGAAAAAAGCAGCAUCACAGAAGAAGGGAAGAACAGGGAAAAAGGACAGGAAAGUAGGACAUAUGGUAUCUACAGCUGAGAUAAAAUCACGUUCAUCUACCCACGACCCACAGGGGCAACAAAUCAAAGAGGAUACGAGAAAAAAUAAAAUGAAAAAGCAAAAAGAAGUAGCCAGGGAAGGUGUGACGCACAUAAGUGAACACAAAACUGUAGCCUCACCUGUAUUUAAAAAGAAAAAACAAGCAAAAAUGAUGCGGAAAGAUCAGCCCAAGAACGAAAAAGAUGGGAAGAAAGAAGUCAGUGCAAAAACAGGCACAGCUUCAGCAGACAUACCUGGCCCACACAUAACACAAGACUCUCUACUUUUACUGAAAGGCCAUAAACAGCCCCAGCUGAAGGUUUACAAGUUAGACCCUUCAAAGGCAUCAGGGCAGACACAGGAGGCCUCGCCUCAUGAGUCCCAAACAGUGCCCCAACAGAUCAAAGACAACAUACCCCCAACAAGUGAGUCUACAAAUAAUCUCCCAGAAGAAAGUAAGAAAAAAGGAGGGAGACCCAAAAAGAGCCAGAAAGCUCUUUCGUUGUUGUCCUCACUUCAGGUUUCCCGUCAACCACCUGAGACUCUACCCACCAAGCCGAAGACCACCAGGAAACGCAAAGCCUCCUCAAAUGUAGAGACUGAAGGAGUGAUAACUUCUUCUCAUUCCAAACGUGCCUUAGAGUGUAAGGACUGUGGGGAGAGAUUUAGUGAAGUCUCGUCCCUUCAGAAGCACAAGGCCAUGGUGCAUAUCAUAGAGAGUCCCGGUCUCACUUACACCAAUGGGAACAUCUUUGAAGGGGUCUCAAGAUUGGAUCUUUACCAGCUUCCAAAAGAGCGUGAUAAGGUUGUUGGGGUGAUUAAUACUGCUGCAGACUGGGAUACUGAGCCUGAAAUAGGAGAGAUAGCAUUAGAAGACAGGGAGCAAACGCUCUCUUUUCCAGCUUUGAUUCCAUCCCCAUCUUUACCAGUUCCUCCUCCAGAUGUUGAAGUGAGUGCCUAUGAAGAUACGGGUGGAAGUAAAACAGGAGCAGAUGAUCAGUCUUAUGCCUCCCAAGAAGUUCACAGACAAUCUGAUCAGUUGAAAAAUAGUGAGACCUCUCCAAAUUUCACAUCUGAAUCCACUUUAAGUACCUCUACUGACACAAAAAGUUUGGAGACAGGAGAGCCUUUGGCACUGGAUGAGGCCAAGCAAGAAAAAGGUUCCCCAAAGCAUCCCAGCAUUGAAUCUGAGGUCCAGGCUACUACUGAUGAAGACAUUAAGGAGGACUUACUUCUUGAGGUAGAUCUAGUCACUGUUGGGGAGCAGAAUGAAAGAGAUGAUCCAGCUUCUCCUCAAGACAGUGUUCACCAAAAUGAAUCAAAGGGAAUUUGUCAUUCUCAGGGUGGAAGCAUUGAAACCCUUGCAGCACCAGGGCAAGUUGAUGAAACAGCAACUGAAAAAAGUCUCACCUCGCAGACUGUAUCAUGCUCCACGCAUCAAGUAGAGAUCAAGGAAGAAGAAGAAGAAAUGUUAGUCCAGAGGAAAAAAGGAGAGAAAGGAGCUGUAAGAAGGAAUGCUGCAAAGGGUAGACGAAGAGGAACAGGACGUCUAAAAAGGGGCGUGAUAUCUAAGACAGUUUUAGGUGAAGAUACUGUCAGAGGAACAGAAUCAGAAAAAGAACAAGAUGACUGUCAGGUAGUUUAUGAACAACAUCCUGUCACCUCUGAUUCAGAAAUUCAUGAUGAAGGGGAGGUGGGCACAAAGAUUUCACAGCUAGAGACCAAGUCUGAAUCUAAGGCCAGCAAAGCUACAGAUGCUGCCACAUGUUUGCCUUCUGUGCCCUCUACUUUAGAAGAAUCUCCUGAAGAGCAGGUUGUGUUUGAGCUGGAGUCAGUUACCACCAGUGUUGAGGAUGUAAUGAAUGAAGGAGGACUGCAGGGAGGAGAGGAACAUGACAGGGAGACUGAACAGUCUCCAGGCAUUAUACUGGAGAAGUUCCUCACCUCCAGACAGAGAGAGAUUGCUGACAAAGAGUCAUGUCUGAUGACCACAAGGAGAAUUCAAAGAAAGGGUUUGGACAGCUUUGCCGAGAAUGAAGCACACGUCCCUGGGAGCCAGGAGAUCAAGAUUGAAGAGAAUAUCUCAGAUCUGUCGCUGGCUGCACCCACUUGUCACAUUAGACAGAGUGCAAGCGUGCAGCCACAGCACCAUCGAGUUAUAAGGACUGUUCUGGUGAAGGAGGAGAGCAGCCUCAUGCUGAAUGAGGCUCAGGCCUCACAGGGCAGCAGACAUAUCAGGUGGAAUGUGGAGCCAGUGAACAAUGAAAACACUGCCACUCCAUUAAUGGAAAGUGGGGAGAUAACAAGGGACUGUCGCGUCACCCCAGAGUUCAACACCAACCAGUGUAUCUUCUACCCGGUGAAGGAGGAGGAGAGGGAGGUUCUUCUGGGAGCCACCCCAACCAGCACAGGGAGUUUAACCCCAGAGGGAUCCGGGGCUGCCCACCAGAUAGACCACCAAACUGUAGAUAGUACUUUACAUGAAGGGAGCCAUGCUACACAAGACUACCAGGAAACAGGAGUGAGAGGACUAUUGUCAGAACCAGGGGUCAGUGCAGAUGGACAAGCAGGUGCAGAUGCUGACUGGCCUCAUCCACCAGACCUUCGGAACUUUCUACUCCAGAGUUCUGAUGAAGAGGACGUGGGUGGUUUUGAACUGUCUGAUCCUCAGCUUGACUCAGAAGCAGAAGUGAUGGCCUAUUUCUACAAGAACCAAACCAACGGCACACGACAGCCAGAUCAAACAUCACAAAAUUUGCCAGCUUCAUCGAGCCAGAUCCAAGCACCAAGAGAUGAAAACAGCACCAGAGAGCCCAUUGAUUACUUCUCCAAGUACUUUGGUUGGGAUACCUGGGUAGAAAUUGCCAAUUGCACAAAUAAACUAUCCAGCAUGCCUAACCCCUUCACAGCCAGAGAGGUCGCACGGUUUGUUGGGAUCCACAUUGCAAUGGGAACUUUGAAGUUUCCCAAUCCAAGGCUCUACUGGGAGGAUUUGACUAAGGUGCCCUUAGUUGCCGAAGCCAUGCCGCUUUCACGUUUCCUCGAGUUGUCUUGCAUGCUGAAGCUGGCUUCUCCGGCAAAGGAUCCAGUCUGUGGUAAUAUUCAGGAAGGGAGACACGAUAGCGCCUUUCAAAAUGGACAUCAAGGUAAAACUCUGUCAAGCAGACAGUGUGUAAUUUCUCAGCAUAGUGACAGGCAAUGCCAAAGUGACAAGCCAAAUGAGUGUGCUCAGACUGAUCCCCUGUGGAAAGUUCAGCCGUUACUGUGCCAUUUCAAAGCAGGGUGCCAGUCACUGAGAAGAGAAGGUGAUUAUGCAGUUGACCAAUAUCUACUUCCUUUGACUGGGAGGAUGCACAAUAAUAAAAUGUCUCUUCACUGCACCACAUUAAUUGGAUUUGGCGGUUUACUCUUACAUGUGGAUCUUAAACUGGAUCUCUCAGACAAAGAAGAUGCUGUGGAAAAAAUGGUUCCAAAAGGUAGCAUGGUGUUUCUUUGCAAACAGGAACUCUCCACCCCUGCAAUGCUAGAACGCCUACUAGUUGCUGGGGUUCAUGGUGCAGGCAGGGUGGGGGGAGCACGAGGACAGAUUGGGGAUGAGUUUGUGAGCUCAGACGGGAAGCUGAUGUUACGCAGAUCACACUGUGGCUUCAUACUUUCUACUGCGGGAAAUGGCCAGAGGAACAUGGCUUCUCUCAUUGACAACUUUGAGAAAGCCCAGAUGUCGGCUCGUCUCAACAGAGAUUUGCGGAAUCUUUACCCAAUUCCCCUCACUGCCUCGGCCCCAACCUGCUGGCCCCAAGCAGUGCUCUGGUACCUAACAGAUCUGGCUUUGGUCAACUCCUGGCUCCUGUACCGACAGGACCCAAGGGCAGCGUCUGUACCAUUGACUCUCAUGGCCUUCAGACUGGAGGUGUCCAAGGCUUUGAUCCUCUCCAGUGGCUCUGAUACCCAGGACUCGAUUCCCCCACAGCCCCCGACAGAAAAGGCCAACAUGACAAAUGAAACCCCAAAUCCCAGCCUGGUGGAGGAAAGUCCUCUGCCAGAUGCAGCCACGCGGUACGAUGGUUCAGGCCACUGGCCUGAGCAGCUUGCGGAGGGAGAAGGGGGCAGGUGUCGUUUCGGGGACUGCCAGAGAACAUCUCGAGUGCUAUGCCUUAAGUGCUGUGUCUUUCUUUGUAUCUCACGCAACCACAACUGUUUUUUGAAUUUCCACAAUCAAGGGAGUUUGGGAGAAGAGUAGUCUUUACCCUCCAUUUUUAACAUCUUACUUUCUGAUCUAGAAUGUAACUGUGCUUUUGGUGUAUGUAAACCCAGCUAAUCAAAAAAAGUGGUAAUAUCUCCUCUAUCCUUACAACUUUUCCAUGAUGCCUUUCACUGGUGGUGUCAUUCUUUUGUAGGAUUAUUGUGCUGCAGUUUAAAAAAACAAAACAAAUGCUUUGUGAUGUGGCUUAUUAUGUCAUUGAGCAACUGUAAAAAUGAAUUUGCCUUCAGGAUGAAAUGUUAAAAAAAAUCUCAUAGCCAUACACUUUGUUCUGCAAGAGAAGAGUAAAAUAUGAAAUUGUAGUUACCAUGAUAUUUUUUACUAUUUAUUUUAACCUGACCUGACUUGCAUUCCAUGAUGAGCUUGUUUUUAGCUCUCUGA